GUUUAUUAUCCUUCAAAUGUUUUUCACAAUACGCACAGUUUUGAAAAUCAGGGAAUAUCACUCACAUAUUCCCCAGUAUUAGUUGGCGAAUAUUUAGUCAUGUGAUGUGUUUAGGCCGAUCAUGCGCAAGCGAAAAUAUUUGAUGGAUUAUGAGUGAUAAUACUGUAAACAGUAAACAGGCUAACCAGAGCGCUAUUCAGGCCAACUGGAGAGCUAUUCAGAUGACCAGAGUGAUAUUCGGGCUAACCAGAGUGCUAUUCAUGCAGACCAGAGUGCUAUUUAGGCUAACCAGGUUCCUACUCAGCCUAACCUAUAAAAAAGGUUUUGACUGCUGGUCAACUAGUCUAUAAAAAAACCUUGACCGGCUGCCAAUCAUUUAGACAUUUCGUAAAGAAAUACUCUAAACAAUGGUUACAUUCAGUACUGACAGUAUAAGCAAUGAACACGCAUCUGAAAACAAUACUGACAAAUAUCAGAUUUAUCGACAGAUACCAGCUGCUCUCUUGUUAAAGUGGUUUCCAACAACAGAACUAUCUCUACUUGGACAGAUGCGGCCCUAUAUAACGACCUAACAACCGUGAAGCUAGAAAAUUAAUUAAGCAUAUGCUUUGCAUGUAGAUCUGGAGGGCUUUAGCACGAGUCAGACUACGCGAAGACUAACAAUUUUACAUCUCUGCUCGAGUGUUAGUGUACUUACAAAGGUUUUGUGCGCUAAAUAAACGAGUUUUAGUUCAAGCUCAUGUGCUGUAUCGGCGUCGAUCGAUGUUGAAAAUCAUAAAUUAGAUUAUACGCAACUAACCUAAGUUUGAAUGCCAAAAAUUUGGCAUAUCUGAUAAAAUUAACCUUACCCGUGGUCGCGAUGAGAGUUUGCUAUGCUAGCGGCCAUUUUUAACGCUGCUUUACAACCUUCAUUCCUCAAAGACAAUUGCCAAGUGGUGGGAGCGGAGUUCAAGGUAAAACAGUAACGAAACUAGCUCCGAUUUUUUCACACCUGCCGCAAAACUAGCAGAUUGUUUAUUGCUUUUUCCGGUCUUUCAUUGUCGUUCCCAGUAAUUCUCGAUGCUUCCACCCUGACCCUUCCCCAGUGGGGUUAAUAAUGCCAGGAGGCGUGGCCAGCUGUCAUGUCAGUCAUGUCACAACAGAGAGCCGCGAACAAAGAAACAACACUGAAAAAGUUUUUGUGGUCGAAAGGAAAAAAUCUUUGCGUUUCCUCACAGCCAAUACAUUGAAAUGCAGAACAGGAAACAUGUUUAUUUACGCUCUCGAACUUUGGCUGCACAGUGGAGCAUUCUGAGUUGAGAAAAACGAUCCGAUUCACCUGUGUGUAUUAUACACAGAACCAGAGGAAGGAAGAUGGCUUCGGCAGAGGGUAAUAAAAUCAUGGUGUUUCGUCCAACUUUAGCCGAAUUUUCAAACUUCCCUGCGUACAUUCGUAAGAUGGAAGAGAUGGGCGCUCAUCGAGCGGGUGUAGCUAAGGUCAUACCACCAAAGGAAUGGGUUCCUCGGAAAAAUUAUGAAGAUAUCGACAUCACAAUUCCUGCGCCAAUACUUCAAGUUGUUACGGGAACACAAGGGCUUUUCCAGUUGUUUAAUGUACAGAAGAAGGCAAUGUCUUUUAGUGAAUUCAAGAAGCUUGCCAACUGUGAAAGGCAUAAACCUCCUACAGGAGACCCAGAUGAAAUUGAGAGAAAGUACUGGAAAAAUGUAACAUUCAACAAUCCAGUCUAUGCAGCUGAUAUCCCAGGAACUGUUUACGACAAGGAUGUUAAUGAAUGGAACAUUGGAAGAUUAGGAACAAUUCUUGACUUGAUAGAGGAUAAGUAUGGAGUUCACAUUGAAGGAGUGAACACACCAUAUCUUUACUUUGGUAUGUGGAAAGCAACAUUUGCCUGGCACACAGAAGAUAUGGAUCUCUACAGUAUCAACUAUUUGCAUUUUGGAGCUCCCAAAACAUGGUACGCCAUUCCUCCUGAACAUGGUCAGCGUUUAGAAAGACUUGCUGCUGGAUUCUUUCCUGGAAGUUUCCAAAGCUGUUCUCAAUUUCUCAGACAUAAAAUGACGAUCAUCUCUCCUCAAGUGUUACGGAAAUUUUCAAUUCCUUAUGAUAAGAUCACACAAGAAGCUGGCGAAUUCAUGAUUACAUUUCCUUAUGGCUACCAUUGUGGUUUUAACAAUGGUUUCAACUGUGCUGAGUCAACAAAUUUUGCUUCUGAAAGGUGGAUUGAUUUUGGAAAGAGAGCGCAAGUGUGUAUGUGUAAGAAAGACACGGUCAAGAUCUGUAUGGAUGUCUUUGUAAAGACAUUUCAGCCUGACAAGUGGGAAGAGUAUCUUAAAUCCAAACACAAAGACAGCAGUGACACUGAAGAGGAGGAAAGUGACGACGAAGAAGGCAACGACAGCAAGAAAGGCGAAAAGGAUAAAACGAAUAGGAAACAGAAAACCAAGUUUGAAGGAAUAGAUAUUGAUGAUGAUAUUCCUCUUUCCAAAUGGAAGGAUGCAUUAGCAAGACUGACUCCUGCAAAGGAUGCUUGUCCAUCACAUGAAGAAACUACUACUACAAUGUACAUAGAUUCUAGAAAUUGUUUUUCACUGAAACUUUCGAUAACUUGGGUUUUGCAGAUCACACAAGAAGCUGGCGAAUUCAUGAUUACAUUUCCUUAUGGCUACCAUUGUGGUUUUAACAAUGGUUUCAACUGUGCUGAGUCAACAAAUUUUGCUUCUGAAAGGUGGAUUGAUUUUGGAAAGAGAGCGCAAGUGUGUAUGUGUAAGAAAGACACGGUCAAGAUCUGUAUGGAUGUCUUUGUAAAGACAUUUCAGCCUGACAAGUGGGAAGAGUAUCUUAAAUCCAAACACAAAGACAGCAGUGACACUGAAGAGGAGGAAAGUGACGACGAAGAAGGCAACGACAGCAAGAAAGGCGAAAAGGAUAAAACGAAUAGGAAACAGAAAACCAAGUUUGAAGGAAUAGAUAUUGAUGAUGAUAUUCCUCUUUCCAAAUGGAAGGAUGCAUUAGCAAGGAAGUCUUUACAGCCGCGGAAGCCAGCAGCUAAGCGCCAGCCAGUGGUCACAAAAUCCUUCACAGUUCCCAGCAGCGCAGGCAGACGGAAGAAAAUGGAAGAAACCAAAAAAGGAAAAGGUCGUAAACGUCUUGACGGCAAAAACAGAAGUACAUCAUAUAAAGUUCUCUCUAGUAUUCUUGACGGGCUGUGGCAACAUCAACUACCGAAUUUUGAAAUGGAGCAGGGUUUUAACAUUGUCUCCUCACAACUUGAGCCUCGUUGUUCAGUGUGUAGCUUCUUUUCUAAAUCAGAGGUGAGGAAACCCUGUUGUUAUGGAGUAAGCGAUGCCCCUAGUGAUGGUCACUGGAAAUGUCAAAGAUGUCUACAAGAAGAUCAAACGGCAAUCGAAAGUAGUUUUUGCUCUUUAUGUAGACUAGGUGGAGGAGCUUUGAAGAAGACGACAGAUAAUAGAUGGGCUCAUAUAGGUUGUGCUGUGGCUAUGCCUGAAGUUUUCUUUGUAAACGUAAAUCUUAGAGAAGGAAUUAACACAGAUCAAAUCACUUCAGCGAGAAGAAAGCUUAAGUGUUUUUACUGUCGAUCAACGGCCAGCGGAAAGGAUAAUGGCGCAUGCGUACAGUGUUGUGCGGGAAAGUGUGCAGUUUCCUUCCACGUGACAUGCUUAGUGUUGGCGGGGUUUGCACUGGAACCGAGUGAUUGGCCACAACCCACAGAAACCUACUGCGAAAGGCAUCAGAGGACAAGAUUUAAAGGAAAACAACGCGACUUCUCCGUCAUUCAUUCUGGUGAAUCUGUUGUAGCAAAACACAGGAAUGGAAGAUAUUACCACGGUGUGGUGCAGGACACCUCAACAGAGGAGUAUUACGUAGUAUCUUUCGAAGACGGCACCUAUUGUGAUAACUUGCCACCAACUGACAUUGUAAGCCACGACAGCACAAGAGAUGAUAUUCCUGCGGGAACGGCGGUGCGAGUCAAGUGGGGCGAGGACGAAGACAUAUUUCAAGCGAGAGUUACUGGACGAAGAAUAAGCGUCACAUAUCAGAUUGAGUUUGAGGACGAGUCAUGGCUGAGCGUACGUCGAGAGGACGUGUACAAAGCUAGUGAAGAACUACCGCUUAAAGUACAACAACGAUUGUCUUCAGCGACAGAGCAAGCGAACCUGUCUUACUGGGACGACAUUCCUGACCACAGUGCCAAGCGACCACGGAAACAAAACCCACGUUUCCUGUAGAGCGUGUUGUUUAAAUUAAUUUAAUUAAGACAUUAGAAUUUGGACUCUUUGGCAGACUCUUUGAUUCGUUAAGCAAAUUUUUGUGUCACGCAAUCUUUCCUGUGAAGAUUGCAUGACGACCAACGACAGUAAACAUCCACAACGUUACGAACACUAUUGAAGUUAUAUUUUGAUCCAUUUCUUUCGCCCAAAAGCAUGGCAUUACUUUCAAUGGGCAGGCCCAUUCACUAAUGUUUUAGAAAGUUAUUGGAAUUUUUUUUUUCAGAAAGAAAUAAAAAGAGAGCGAGUUCUUGAACCUGUUGUAGGUUGUUUCAGGCAGGCGGAGAGAGGUAAAAAAUAGGCUCAUUUGUUUUCGAGUGGACUUGAAAUUGUUUCUGUGUCCUUUGAUCCAACCACCGCUAACAGAAUAUUCACCAAAUAGAACUCGGAGCAUGUAGCUGGAGCUAAGCGCGGGAAUUAGCUUGCACCAAGCGCGGCAAAACGUACAACGGCUGCCAAGCGCGGGAAACCGUAACUGGCGCCAAGCGCGGCAAAACAGUUCUGGCACCAAGCAUGUCACUUCUUUUGAAGCUUAUUGGCUAAAAUAACGAAAUCUUCUCUCUGAUUGGUGAAAACAUGAAACAUCAUCACAUGAAAUUGAAAGAACGUUUCUUAGUGCACUUGAAAACCUUAAUAGUUACAAUGGAUUCGCUUUCUUUAGAUUUCUUUUAAAAUGUUGUUCAUUUGCAUCAAAUUAUCGUUUCAUUCUUUUUCUUCGUUUCUUUGUAAUUAUAGGAUAUAUCAUAGAAUCUUGUCCCAAUUAAUUAUUAGCGUUUUCAGCCCCAAAGCGAAAUAGUAUAUUUUGGAAGCAUUUUUUGCGCGGGUAUUCAAAUGGCUAUGAAACAGCAUUUAUUUAAUUAGUCAAUCUUGUAUAUAACAUAGUAAUACAAGACGUUAUUUCUUCAAAAAAGAUUUUCAUACGGUCAAUACUUUCAAUACAAGACGAAUAACACGUAUUCCACUCAAACGAAUGCAGUCGUUGAAACUCCAUCAAUCCAUAGUUUCAAAACUUGGAUCUUCACUAUCCAGAGCGCAAUCCGGUAUAAUGUUACCGAUUAGGGAAUCAAAACCUGGGGCCCGUUUCUCGAAGGUCCCGAAAAGUUUUUGCACCCGGAAAGCCGUGGCAAAAUCUCAAACCUUAUGA